AUGAGUUUCAAUCGCUACAUCCCAACAGAAUACCGCCAGAACCUGAGCAAAUACAAGUACUCGGGCAUCGACGAGUCCCUCCUCUCGCGAUAUGUCCUCGGACCAUACUGGACCAAGCUCGUCACCUUUUUCCCCAUCACCAUGGCACCCAACACGAUCACCGGUCUCGGUUUCUUGUGCGUUGUCGCCAACUUGUUGACCAUGUUCUAUUUCGCUCCCGACAUGACCGGCGUGUGCCCUUCCUGGGCCUACUACAGCUUCGGUAUUGGUCUGUUUGUGUACCAGUCCCUCGAUGCCAUUGACGGCAAGCAGGCACGAAGAACUGGAACCUCAGGACCCUUGGGAGAACUCUUUGACCACGGAUGCGACGCACUGAACACUUCUCUUGAAGUCAUUCUUGCCGCCAACGCCUUGCAAUUGAACCAGAGCUGGUGGACCAUUCUUUCCCACUUCUUGACCCUUGCAAACUUCUACCUGAGCACAUGGGAGGAGUACCACACUGGCACGCUUUACUUGAGCGCCUUCUCGGGACCAGUCGAGGGUAUCUUGUUGAUUGUGAUCCUCUUCCUCAUCACUGGAUUCUUUGGAACAGGAAUCUGGCUCCACACCGUUCGCUCGUACUUGGGACUCUCGCCUGACUUUUUGCCCAUGAUCCCUGACUUGCAGCUGAACCACUUCUUUGUCUCCAUUGGCACCAUUGGCCUCCUUGGAAACAUCCUCACUGGAUUCCAGCAUGUGAUCAAGGCGCGCAAGGACAAGAACCUGCCCGUUGCACCUGCCCUGGUCGGUGUCCUUCCCUAUAUUGGCAGCUCGCUGGUCGCCUUCUUCUGGUUGAACGCCUCGCCCCAGAUUGUCAACGAGCACUUGGUCCCCUGGACCCUCUACAUUGGUCUCUCGUUCGGAUACACUGUUGGCUUGAUGAUCACUGCCCAUGUCACCCACCAGCCAUUCCCUCUCUUCAAUAUCUCCUUCGUCCCCCUCUUGUUCGGAGCCUUCAACGCGAACCUCCCCGCCUUUGGCUUCGAGAGGUUGUUUGGAGCGCAUAUGGAGGACAUUUACUUGUGGAGCUGUCUCGCCUUCUCUGCUGCAGCCUACGCUCACUUUGCGAUCAACGUCGUCAACGACCUCUGCGACUACUUUGAUAUCUGGUGCUUCACCAUCAAGCACCCCAAGAAGGCCGAGUAA